UAUGAAUACUUGCUCAACAACCGAUUUUGAUAAAACAGCAUAGUUUUUCUUUCCAAUUUAAUCAAAUGCUCCCUUUUCUCCUUAGAAAUAAUCACAAAAAUCUCUCUAAAUUAUAUUCAUUGAUCCUUAUAAAAAAGGAUCCAAUAGCAAUAUCAAAAUAAAAAGAACAAAUAGUUAAAUAGAACUACCUAAAUUGUAAUUAUACACUGAAGCUGAAUCUCCUGACAGCCAUAAAAAACAAAGAGGCAAUUUUAUGAAAGAUUAAUUGUAUACUCCAAAUGCUAGUAGAGCAGAAAGAUUUCCUUAUACUAACAUAAAUAAAUCAAACGAAUCUAGUCCUUAAAAAAUGUCUAGUUAAAUUAGUUUUAAUAAAUAGAAACAAGUUUAAAAAUCAUUUUUAAAGAGCAGACCUCAAUAAAAGAUAGUAACAAGAAUAUUUGGGGAAUUAUGA